GCCGCAGCUCUUGCCUAGCUCUGUGUUGUGGUCUUGAUUUGGAGAGGAGAAAGAUGACAGCCAGAAAGUCUGGGUCACGACUAGAGACAGAAAUAGAGAGAUGCCGUUCAGAAGGACAAUGGGACAAGAUACCAGAACUUGUGCGACAGCUGUCUGCUAAACUAAUAUCAAACGAUGACCUAGGGGAGCUCUUGCUUGGGGAGUCCAAGCUCCAGCAGUUCCUCAAGGACAACCCCAUCAAGCAGGACGCCAGUCCCCGUGGCAACCGACCCCGUCUGGUGGAGGUCCGCAAGCACCUGACGGCUGCGCUGGACCGGGGAAACCUCAAGCAUGACUACCUUCAGGAGGCCAGUCUUCUGAUGGCUAAGCUGUGUUAUGUGGAGGGGGACUACAGAGAGGCUCUUAACCAGUACGGCCGGGUCAACAUGGAUGACCUGCAGCUGAUCGGGUCGCCAGUCUACCGCCUGUCCAUGAUCGCAGAGGCUUAUGCCACUAAAGGCCUGUGUCUAGAGAAGGUGCCUCCAGGUUCUCCAUCGCUGACCAAUAAGACGCUGGACCGCGACCAGGAGAUCAUCACCUGCUAUGAGAAGUCUGGCGACAUCGCUCUGCUGUACCUUCAAGAAGUAGAGAAGGCUCUGAGUGCAGGGAUGCAGAACCGAAGUCCAAAGCCAGGCCCAGUGUCUCAGGAGCAGGAGCUGGGCUACUUCCUGGAGACUGGCCUGCAGAGAGCACAUGUCAUCCACUUCAAAAAUGGCAACCUCACUCGGGGUGUGGGCCGCUUCAGAGAGAUUCUGCGGGCUGUGGAGACCAGGACGACCCAGAACCUACGAAUGACCAUAGCGCGUCAGCUGGCUGAGAUCCUGUUGAGGGGCAUGUGUGACCAGAGCUACUGGAGCCCUCUGGAGGAUCCCCCGCACCAAUCCCCCCUGGACGACCCCCUCAAGACCACCUCACACACCAAGGACUAUGCCCUCAGCCGCCGGCCGCGCAUCUACUCCGGAGAAAACCUCUUCUGCCCCCAGGAGAACACAGAGGAGGCUUUGCUGCUACUGUUGAUCAGUGAGUCUAUGGCUAACAGGGACGCGGUACUCAGCCGGAUUCCGGAGCACAACAACGACCGUAUCAUCAGCCUGCAGAGCGCCUCGGUGGUGUACGACCUGCUGACCAUUGCACUGGGCCGCCGCGGCCAGUACGAGAUGCUCUCCGAGUGUUUGGAGAGGGCCAUGAAGUUUGCCUUUGAGGAGUUCCACCUGUGGUACCAGCUGGCUCUCUCCCUGAUGGCUGCUGGGAAGUCGGCGAGAGCGGUGAAGGUGCUGAAGGAGUGUAUCCGCCUCAAACCGGACGACCCCACCAUCCCCUUACUGGCUGUCAAGCUGUGCAUAGGAACGUUACACUGGCUUGAUGAAGGUGAGCCGUUUGCCAAACUGGUGGUGGACAUGGGAGAGAAAGCUGCCGAAUUCAGAGCCAAAGGUUACCUGGCCCUCGGCCUGGUCUACAGCCUCAAGGCUACUGAUGCUUCGUUGCGGGGGAUGCAGGAGGAGUAUCAGAAGAAGGCCCUGAGUGCUUUUCAGAGAGCUCAGAGUUUGUCACCAACGGACCACUUGGCUGCUUUUUACCUGUCCCUACAGUUGGCUGUGUCCCGACAGAUUCCUGAGGCGCUGGGUUACGUGCGGCAGGCGCUGCAGCUGCAGGGGGACGACGUCCACUCACUGCACCUCUUGGCCCUGCUGCUGUCGGCGCAGAAGCACUACCACGACGCGCUCAACAUCAUCGAGAUGGCGCUCAGCGAGUACCCUGAGAACUUUGCCCUGCUGUUUACUAAGGUGAAGCUGGAGGCCCUGUGUCGAGGGCCUGAGGACGCGCUGCUCACCUGCAAACACAUGCUGCAGAUCUGGAAGUCCUGUUACAACCUCACCAACCCCAGUGACUCAGGCCGGGGUAGCAGUCUGCUGGAUCGAGCCAUGGCAGACCGGAGGCAGCUGAAUGCCAUGACUCUGCCUGACUUCAGUGACCCUGAGACAGCCUCUGGUUCCACUUCCUCUUUCUCGAGUGCGGAGACCCCCUCUCCCCUCUUCCUCCUUCCCUCUCUCUAUCACGCUCCCCCUGCUCCUCCCUAUCUUCCCUCCCCCACUAAGAGUGACUCCACACUCAAGUCUGGCAGCGUGGCUUUCUGUGACCACGCCCCUCACCGGCGACUCUCCACCUUCAGUUCGGUGCACGCCACCUCCAUCGCCGCGUCCAGGGUGGAACAGGCUCUCUCAGAGGUUGCCUCCUCCCUCCAGAGCAGCGCCCCUAAGCAGGGGCCCCUGCACCCCUGGAUGACUUUGGCCCAGAUCUGGAUUCACGCAGCGGAGGUGUACGUUGGCAUGGGGAAGCCGGCGGAGGCCACGGCCUGCACACAGGAGGCUGCCAACCUGUUCCCCACCUCGCACCACGUGCUCUUCAUGAAGGGCCAGGUGGCCGAGCUGCGGGGCAGCAUGGAGGAGGCCAAGCGCUGGUACGAGGAGGCCCUCUCCAUCAGCCCCACGCACGUCAAGUCCAUGCAGAGGCUGGGUGUGAUCCUGCACCAGCUGCAGCGCUACAGCCUGGCGGAGAAGGUGCUGCGCGACGCGGUGCAGGUGAGCAGCACGGCGCACGAGGUGUGGAAGAGCCUGGGCGAGGUGCUGCAGGCGCAGGGCAACGCCGCCGCCGCCACCGAGUGCUUCCUGACCGCGCUCGAGCUGGAGGCCAGCAGCCCCGUGCUGCCCUUCACCAUCAUCCCGCGCACACUCUGACACACACACACACACACACUCAUGCAAAUACACACACAAGCACACUGACAGACAAAUGCAAAUGCACAUACACAUGUUCUGACAGACAGACACACACACACACAUUGUAUACAGUACAGGUUCAUAGUGCAACAUGCAGAAUGGUUCUACAUAAUUUGUGAUUCAUAACGCAACAUAAAGCACAUACAGUUUUACAUAUGGUAUAGGUUAAUAAAACACGCACACAGUGCAUAGUACUCUCACACACACACACACACACACACACUAGAUGAUACAGAUUACUGAUU